AUGAUUGAGAUGAUUACGGGAAAGCCCCCAUGGUCGACGACCAUCAAGGACGUCCGGCAGCUGCAACGUGAGAUUGGAAUGGGAAAACAGUUGCCUGCACAGAUCCCCCAGAAUCUGUCUGAACAUGGAAAGGAUUUCUUGAGAAUGUGUUUGAUUCGGGAUCCAUGUUCCAGAUGGACGGCUGACAUGCUCUUGAAGCAUCCCUUUCUGGCGGAAGGUCCUCCGUCUGCAGCAGUUGCGUACUAUCCCAGCGACGAAGACAAUCGAUGGAAUUCUGUGCAGUCUAUGUUUGAGAGAUAUCGUUCUACUGUCGAGUUGGGGAUGAUGAAAUUGAAAUCAGAAGCGCCAUCGCCAUGCGCUGGCUUGGAGGGCUGA